CAAACGUCACAAAACAAACAUGCUGUGAAAACAUAACCACAAUUUUUACACGUUCUUACAGCAGGUAGGCCUUGCCUUGUAGAGUGUUUUUAAUUUGAAGUUGUUUGAUGCCCUAAAAAGUGAAAAUGGGGAAGAAAUCUAAAAUUGGAAGGCAUAGGAAGGAUAAGUUCUAUCACUUAGCUAAAGAAACAGGCUUUCGCUCUCGUGCUGCGUUCAAGUUAAUUCAACUGAAUAGAAAAUUUGAAUUCCUUCAAAAAUCUCGAGUAUGUCUCGAUCUUUGCGCGGCUCCUGGAGGAUGGAUGCAAGUGGCCAAACAGAACAUGCCAGUAUCCAGUAUUAUUAUUGGUAUCGAUUUGUUUCCUAUCAAAGCUAUUCCUGGAACUAUUUGCUUGACUGAAGAUAUUACAACAGACAAAUGCCGUGUAGCAAUCUCUAAAGAAAUAAAAACAUGGAAAGUCGACGUGGUACUUCACGAUGGUGCUCCCAAUGUAGGUAAAAAUUGGUUACACGAUGCCUAUUCACAAGCCUGCCUGACCCUUAGCGCUUUAAAAUUGGCCACACAAUUUUUAAGAAAAGGUGGCUGGUUCGUAACCAAAGUGUUCAGAUCCAAAGAUUACAAUCCUCUUGUUUGGGUCCUGAAGCAAUUGUUCAAAAAAGUUCACGCUACAAAACCGCAAGCUUCACGUAAUGAAUCUGCAGAAAUUUUUGUCGUUUGCCAACAUUAUAUUUGCCCGGACAAAAUCGAUACUAAAUUUAUGGAUCCAAAAUAUGUAUUCUCUGAAUUAGAAGUAGAGCCGAAAAAUAAACUCAAUAUAUUUCAUCCUGAGAAAAAGAAAAAAGAUAAAGCCGAAGGAUAUCCUGAAAAUGAUUAUACUCUUCACCAUCAAGUGAAAGCUUCGACUUUUAUUCAGCAUGAAAAUGGUAUUGAUAUUUUACAACAUGCUUCAGAAAUUAUUUUCGAUGAUCCUGAAUUACUUAAACAUGAAAGAACAACCAAGGAAAUACAGGAGUGUUUCAAAGAUAUUAAAGUUUUGGGCAGAAAGGACCUCAGGAGUAUUAUGAAUUGGUGGAAGAUUUUACACGAAGAAUGGGAGAAGAAAGUAAAAGUAGAAGUUGAGGAGAAGCUAGAUGUUACCGAGGAAAAACCUGAUAUAAAAGAAAGUGACGAUGAGGAUGGUUUGAAACAUGUAGAUCAGCAGAUAUUGGAUCUAGAAACGGAAGAACACAGAGAUUUGAAAAGAAAGAAGAAAAAGGCACAAAAAGAAAGGAGAAAGUUGAAUGAUAAACUUAAUUUGAAAAUGGUUUUGAAAGGUGAUGAUGGUCCUACGCAUGAAGAAGAUAAUAUGUUCUCAUUGAAACAAGUUAAAGAUACUGACAAAAUGAAUAGGGUUGUGGAACAAACACCUGACUUUUUAGCUGAAUCAGACGAUGAUGAUGAUAAACCAAAGGCAAAAUAUUUGAGGUAUGACAAAGAUGAACAACAUUUAGAUAGUUCAGGUCUGUAUUACAAAGAUUCUGAUUCUGAAUUGGAAAUAGAGAGUGAUGAUGAUUCUGAUAAUGAUGCAAAAGAGACUCUUGGUUUUGAUUCUGACGACUCAGAUGCUGGAGAGCCAACUAAAAAAUCCAAACAGACAAAGAAAAAAAUCAAAACAAAAGGGGAAGAGAAAGAUCAUCCAUUAAUAACCGACCUAGACUAUAGGGACAAAGAUCAGAAAAAAACUCAUAAAGCUGAACUGUGGUUCCAGAGAGACGUUUUCAAGAAUUUAAUCGAUGAACAAGAUGAGGAUGCUGACUUAGAUAAAAUGGUUGAGGAGUUCAAAAAGAAAGGCGCCAAAGUGAUAGGUGAAACUGAUGACACAAAAUUAAAUAAAAAGGAAUCGAAGAAAGACUUGAAGAAAAUGAAGGCCAAAGUAGAAAAAGAAGUAACAUCAGAUAGUGACUAUAGUUCAGAGGGUAGUGACAAUAGUGAUGAUGAUGACAGUAGUGAUUCUGAUUAUGACAUUGAAAGGUCAACACAUGUUAAAGUUAAUAACUCAAAGAAAGAUGGAUUUGAGGUUGUAAAAAAGGUCACAGAAGUUGGAAGGGGUAAGAAAGGCAAGAAACACAAACUUACAGAAGAAGAAAUGGCCUUAGGGACAAUUAUGAUCAACAGUAAAAAAGCUAAGAGGGAUUUAAUUGACGCUGCUUGGAACAGAUAUGCUUUCAACGAUGAAAACUUACCGGAUUGGUUUGUGCAGGAUGAACAAAAACAUAUGGUAAAAGAAGCUCCUGUACCAAAGGAAUUGGUUGGCGAUUAUAAGAAGAAAUUGGAAGAAAUUAACGUCAGACCAAUCAAGAAAAUUGUUGAAGCCAAGGCCAGAAAGAAGCGCAGGGCAAUGAGAAAACUAGAAAAAGCAAAGAAAAAGGCAGAAUCUUUACUCGAUAAUGCAGAAAUUACUGAAAAAGAGAAGGCGCAACAAAUUAAACAGUUAUACAAAAAGGCGACAAAGGAACCUAAAAGAGAAGUCACAUAUGUAGUUACUAAGAAACAUAUGGCUGCUAAAAGGAUGCGAAGGCCAAUGGGGGUAAACGGACAAUAUAGGGUAGUUGAUCCAAGGAUGAAAAAGGAUAUGAGAGCACAGAAAAAUAAAUUAAAAACCAUGGGUAGAGGAAAGAAAGGUGGCAAAGGAGGUAAGCCUCGGAGACCAUUGAAUAAGAAGAAAGCUAAGGCGGAAUAAGCAACUAGAAUUCAAAUAAUUGUUAUGAUUUAUAAUGUUAUAGAUAGAUAAUGUGAGUUCUUGUUUCUUGUUGAGGUAAUGUAAUAAAAAUAUGUUUUAAUAACGCUAUGUAUUUCAAUUAAAAUGUAAAUGUACAAAAAAUCCAGCAUUGAUUAGUGAAU